AUGGCGCCGCAGAAGGGGGGGGGCGGCGCCGCCUCAGCCGAGGGCUUCUCGCUGUCGGGAGGGGAGCUCGCCGUCGGCGGGGUGGCUCUCUUCUCCGGCGUCCCCGGGAACGUCACCCUCAGUAGCUUCGAUGCCGUUUGCGGGUCUUCCGACGCGCCGCCGGCGUUGCUCCGGCGAGUCCGGCAGCGGGCCAGCCGCGGCGGGUUCCUGGGGUUCACCGUCGGCGAGCCCUCCGACAGGGCGACCACCUCCUUGGGGAGCUUCACCGACCGGAGAUUUCUCAGCAUCUUCAGGUUCAAGACGUGGUGGUCGACCAUGUGGACGGGGAAAUCAAGCUCCGACCUGCAGAUGGAGACCCAGUGGCUUCUCCUGGAGGUCCCCGAGCUUUCCUCCUUCGUCGUCGUCCUCCCCCUCAUCGAAGGGAGCUUCCGCGCCGCCCUCCACCCCGCCGGCACCGCCGCCUCCGCAGGCGAAGUCCUCCUCUGCGCAGAAAGCGGGUCGACCCGCGUCACGGCGGCGAGCUUCCGCUCCAUAGCCUACCUCCAUGUCUGCGACAAUCCUUACAACCUCAUGAGGGAAGCCUUCGCGGCGGCGAGGGUUCACCUCAACUCGUUCAGACUGGCGGAGGAAAAGCCGGCGGCGCCGCUGAUGGGCAAGUUCGGGUGGUGCACUUGGGACGCCUUCUACCUCACGGUGGACCCCGCCGGAGUCUGGAGCGGCCUGGAGAGCUUCGUCGCCGGCGGCGCGCCGCCGAGGUUCGUCAUCAUCGACGACGGCUGGCAGAGCGUCAAGGAAGACGACGAGGAAUCCCCACCGGGGGAGAGCCUUGUUUUAGGGGGAACCCAGAUGACGGCGAGGCUCUGCAGAUUCGAGGAGGGCGACAAGUUCAGGUCCUAUAAGGAGGGGGAGUUCUUUUCUGCAACCGGCGCUGGUUUCGACCCCGAGAGGGUCAAGCUUCUGAUCGCCAUGGCCAUCGAGCUGGAGCAGGCUGAGAAGGCCAACGACGAGGCGAAGAUUGGCCUCCUGAGAGAGAAGCUGCGUGAGAAGAUGAAUCCCCUCGUCGGCGCGGCCGGCGGAGGCGGCAGCGCCGCCGGUGGAGGAGGAUUGAAGGGGUUCGUCAAGGAUCUGAGGAAGAGGUUUCCUGGUGUGGAGGAUAUCUACAUGUGGCAUGCUCUCUGCGGGGCGUGGGGAGGUGUGAAACCUGGGGCCACCCACCUGGAGGCGACGGUGAUCAACGCCACUGUCUCGCCGGGGCUGGAGGGGACGAUGGAGGACCUCGCCGUGGUGAAAAUCGUUGACGGCGGCGUUGGCCUGGUCCGGCCGGAGCUGGCGGCGGAGCUCUACGAGUCAAUGCACUCCCAUCUCGCCGAGUCCGGCAUUACAGGGGUCAAAGUUGACGUCAUCCACGUAAGCUUCUUCAGCUUCCGGUUCCUCUUCUUCUUCCUCCUCCGCCGUCGCCGUUGACCCCAGCGGCGACUCCCCAUCGCAGACGCUGGAGUACCUCUGCGAGGAGCACGGCGGCAGGGUGGAGCUCGCCCGGAGGUACUACGAGGGGUUGACAAGGUCCCUCGCGAAGAACUUCGCCGGAACGGGACUCCUCGCCAGCAUGCAGCAGUGCAACGACUUCUUUUUCCUCGGCACCCGGCAGAUCGCCCUCGGCAGAGCAGGUGAGCUCCUCCCCAUUGAAUUGCUCCUGCCAGAGGAGGCGGAGGAUAAGAAGAAGAAAAACAAGAAGAAGGAGAAGUUCACUGACGGCGGCGCUUCUGCGGCGGCGCAGGGGAUGACUUCUGGUUCCAGGAUCCGAACGGGGACCCUCUGGGGGCCUUCUGGUUGCAGGGAGUGCAUAUGGUGCACUGCGCCUACAACAGCCUGUGGAUGGGCCAGAUCCUGCUCCCCGACUGGGACAUGUUCCAGUCCGACCACCUCUGUGCCGUCUUCCACGCCGCCUCCCGCGCCAUCUCCGGCGGGCCCGUCUACGUCAGCGACGCUGUCGGCUCGCAUGACUUCACCCUCCUCCAGCAGCUGGUCUUCCCCGACGGCACCGUCCCCCGCUGCUUCCAUUUCGCCCUACCCACCAGAGACUGCCUCUUCCACAACCCCCUCUUCGAUGGACGGACACUACUCAAGAUCUGGAACCUAAACAAGGUAAGCUGAGAAUGCCCAUCAUCAUCAUCAUCUUCCUCCUCCACAGAAACCCAAAAUUCCGAUCAUCUUCUUCCUCCUUCCACAGUACGGCGGAGUUGUGGGGACCUUCAACUGCCAGGGCGGAGGAUGGGACCCCGAGGAGCGGCGGAUCAGGGGGUACCCCCACUGCUACAAGCCGGUGGCCGGCGGAGUCCACGUUUCGGACGUCGAAUGGGACCAGGCGGCGGAGGCUGCCGGCGGCAUGGGCAGCGCAGAGGAGUACGCCGUCUACCUCAGCCAGCAGAAGAAGCUUCUCCUGUCCAGCCCCAAGACGGAGCCCAUCGAGAUCACCCUUUUGCCAUCUUCCUUCGAGAUCUUCACCUUGUCUCCCGUCCGGCGGCUCCACGGCGGCGCCAGGUUCGCCGCGGUGGGGCUCGCCGGCAUGUUCAACAGCGGCGGUGCAAUACUGGAGAUGGCGGAGGUCGCGGCCGGCGGUGGGAGCGUCAGAGUGAAGGUCAAAGGUGGCGGAACGUUCUUGGCCUUCUCGAGCGAGAAGCCGAGGGAGGUGAGUUUGAAUGGGUUGGUGGUGGGGUGCGAGUGGCUCGCCGGCGACGGGAAGCUCACAGUGCGGCUGCCGUGGAAGGAGGAAGAUGGCGGCGUUUCUGACCUCUCCUUCACGUACUGA